UCUGCAAUCAUUGAAUUCCUUAGCGGGCUGCCUCACCGAGCAACAUGCUCUUUGUCAGUCACAACCUACAAAACUGCUAAAUCCUUGUAUGGUUUAUAUGAGCCUUCAACUUCUUCCUCUCUGAACUUCCGUAGAUGAUGAUGGCAGUUAGGGUCGUUAAUAGCUGUUUUGUUCUUCGCUCUGCUACGGUUUUCCCUCUCUCGGCCAUUCGGUUCCGUUCCUACUAUUUCAGGACCUUGCCGUUUCGCCGUUACUCGAAAUUAGGGCCUCUGUCCCCGGUAUUGUGGUCUGAACAGCAGUUUCUUAGCCAUGAUUGCCGACGAACUUCCUGCUUUCACAGGCUCGUUGAAAGCGUUAUGGAAGAGCUCGAAUCCUCUAGCCGGCGGAAGAGAGUUCGCACAAACGUUAAGGUGAGAUUGACAAGUAGUGGAGAGCUUCUUGAAGAUAAGCUUGUAAACCAAGAAGUACAGAAAGGUUUGCUGCUGGAGUUCAAGAAGGAUUCUGAUAGGAUAGUACUUGCAGUUGCUCAAAGGCCCGAUGGGAAGAAGAAUUGGAUGGUCUUUGAUCAGAAUGGUUCUACAUGUUCCAUUAAACCUCAACAGAUUACAUAUAUUGUCCCUGGAGUUGAAAAUUUUGAUCCCAGAGAGAUUUCAAGCUUUCUCCAGAGAGCUCAGGAGAACUUGGACCCAACACUGCUUGAGUUUGCAUGGGUUGAGCUUCUUGAGAAGAAUAAAUCAAUUACAACAGAAGAAUUAGCAGAGAUAAUUUUUGGUACUUCAGAUCCUCUUGAGAGCUACUGUGCCCAUCUUUUGCUAUCAAAAGAUGAAUUAUAUUUCACUGUGUUGGAGACAAAAGGCUAUCGUUCUAUUUAUGGGCCUCGACCUAUUUCUCAAGUGGAGGAACUUCUACGUCGGAAGCUUGCGAAGGAGGCUGAUGAAAAAGAACUUCAGGACUUUGUGCAACUACUGACAUCUGCUAGGAAAAUGUGUUCACAUUCUAAACCUACAAAAUCUUCGUGGAUGAGUCAAGAGAAAGUCAAACAGAAAAUUGAGUGUCUUGAAGCAUAUGCUAUUGAUGCAUGCAAAAGCAAUGACCAAAGAAAAACCGCGGGAAUGAUCCUCAAGGCAAUGGGCCUGGCAAAAACUGCUGUCUCUGCAGUAAAUCUCCUCAUAGAUAUCGGGUACUUUCCUGUGCAUGUAAACCUGGAUCUGUUAAAGCUGAACAUUCCUACCUGUCAUACAGAUGAGAUUAUAGCAGCUGCUGAAAGUGUUCUUUUAGAAUCAUAUGAUCUAGAUGAGAUGAGCAGAAAAGACCUUACUCAUUUGAAGGUUUAUGCCAUUGAUGUUGAUGAGGCUGAUGAGCUUGAUGAUGCUCUGAGUGCAACAAGGUUGCAGGAUGGCCGCAUUAAAGUGUGGAUACAUGUUGCUGAUCCAGCUAGAUAUGUUCAACCUGGGACCAUUGUAGAUAGGGAGGCCAUGAGAAGGGGAACCUCUGUCUUCUUGCCCACUGCCACUUAUCCUAUGUUUCCAGAGAAACUUGCGAUGGAGGGAAUGAGUUUGAAACAAGGAGAGCUUUGCAAUGCUGUUACAGUAUCUGUUACUUUGCGUUCUGAUGGCAGCAUUGCAGAAUACUCAGUUGAUAACUCAAUCAUUAAACCAACAUAUAUGCUGACAUAUGAGAGUGCAACUGAGCUACUUCAAUUACAAUUGGAAGAGGAGGUUGAACUGAAGAUUCUAUCUGAAGCAGCUGAUCUCAGGUUACGGUGGCGCCGUGAACAGGUUGGUUUCUGUAUCUCACUUAUUGUGGACUCAGAAUUGCAGUGCUGUAAGUAUAGCUUUGUUACUGACCUGGACGUAGAUGUGUCUUCCCAUGUAUCUCAACAUGAAUUUAAUCCAGAGAAGCUAGAACCAUCAAUUAAUCUCUAUGUUGAAAAUCAGGCAGACCCAGCAAUGCGACUUGUUUCUGAGAUGAUGAUACUCUGUGGGGAAGCUAUAGCCUGUUUUGGCUCUUACAAUAACAUUCCAUUACCAUAUAGAGGACAGCCCCAAUCGAGCAUUGAUGUAUCUGCAUUUGCACAUCUUCCAGAAGGACCAGUUCGGAGCUCUGCCAUUAUCAGAAUAAUGCGUGCUGCUGAAAUUAAUUUCAAGAAUCCUGUACGCCAUGGUGUUCUUGGGCUUCCUGGUUAUGUUCAGUUUACUUCUCCUAUUCGUAGAUAUAUGGACCUCCUUGCUCACUAUCAGGUGAAAGCAUUUUUAAGAUGUGAUAGUCUUCCGUUUUCAUCUGGUCAACUAGAAGGGAUAGCAUCGAUAGUAAACAUGCGGGCAAGAACAGUAAAGAAACUCAGCAGCAGCAGCCUUCGGUAUUGGAUAUUAGAAUUCUUGAGAGGACAACCAAAGGAGAGACGGUAUCGGGCAUUAAUUCUCAGAUUCAUCAAAGAUCGGAUAGCAGCCUUAUUACUUGUUGAGGUGGGACUUCAAGGAUCUGCAUGGGUGUCAAUAGGGACACAGAUAGGAGAUGAAGUAGAAGUUCGAGUGGAAGAAGCGCAUCCGCGUGAUGACGCUCUUUCACUUAAGGAAGUUGUCUAGAGAGCAAAAGUGAUUCUCUAAAAGUAGCUUUGUCAAGAUUUUUCCCUCCUCCUUGUACUUGAUUUACUGAAAGAUGACCCAGUUUGUCUCUGAAUGAUCAUUGAAGCAGAGAUCUAAUUGAAAUGUUUGAAGGCCUGAAGAGCCUGAAUCUGUGGAACGGGUUAUGUAUUGAAAGUAAUAUCCUCACAAAUGACAGAAGUUGCAAUUGCUGAGUGAAUUUACCAGCUUCAUUGCGGCCAAAGGUUGAAGAAAAGAUGUGCUUCUCUUCUGCCUGUGGCUGUUUGGCUGUAGGUUCUUGGUGCUCGAGAUCAAUACAGCGAAAAAUGGAAAAGUGGGAGGCUCUUAUGUAUGAUACCUAGUUAGUGUAUCUUCAUUAUUCUGUCUUUAAGAGUCUGCUUUAACACAAACAUAAUUCUUUUGUUCUUUUUUUUGUAUUAACACCUUUUUAAUAAAAAAAUCACACAAAACUAUCAGUCUAUUUUGUAUGUUUUACAUGUAUGGUUGUAAGUUGUUAUGAGGUUUAUAUCUGAUAGAUAAAUAGGUUUUUUGUUUUUGGUGA